UGUGGAAACUUCGCUGCAAUGAGGUCAUCCCAUGAAAAGAUAAAGCGUACAAUGACUAGUGUAAAUAGAUUUCAAGAUUAGACAUAAUGGACUGGGCACUAAGCUUAUAAUUAUUUUUCUGACAUGGCGCAUUUAUUUCUAAUACUGGGCAUAUUCUUUGUAAAUUUACAUUUCACAGAGCCACAACUUUUUAUGUGCAGCAGACCUGACUAUGACGUGCUUGAAACUACAGCGGUUAAUGAAUGUCUUUACAGUAGGUGUGUACAUUGUAAGUCUAAGAUUUCAUACCAGGAACUAAACUACACAUUGGCUGUUAAAAUAAAUGAGACUGUUUGGACGCUGGAUAAAGACAAUGCUCUCUAUUCAACUCAAGACAACUUGACUCAGAUCACAUUCCCUUUCAAUGAUAGUCUAGGAUUUAGUCUGUUUGAUGGUCCAGUACAGUUCCAAUUUUCAAUGUCAGCUCUAGAGGAAGAUGGAAAUGUGACCAAUGAGACCAAUCCUUGGACUGCACCUGAACAAUUCAAGGCUCCAGAUUUUGUUUGUGGUAGUCCUGAUUAUGACAGAUCAGAAACUCCCAGAUAUCAAGUAUGCAGGCGAAAUCUUUGUUUAGAAUGUUUUUCCAAUGCCACUUACCAACAAAUAAAUUCUCAAUUGGCAUACAAAGUUAAAGAACACGUUUAUGUUUCUCUGGGAAAACAAAUUUCAAUGGAGCACAACAAGAUCAGAAUUACAUUUUUAUUUAGCCAUAUGCCCAGGAUAUCUUUGGCUCAUGAUGGCCCAAUGCAUUAUCAGUUUUCUGUGUCAGUUCUAGACAAUGAUUUCAGAUGGAGGAAAGAAAUCUCUCCGUUGAGUGAGCCAUUCAAAUAUAACACAGCGACAGAAAUUUACUUUUCAAUCAACGGCAAGAACGACUCUGUGGUUGAGGUAGAAGACACUGUGCUGUCAUUUCUCGGCAAGACUAAUGGAUACCCACCACCGGUCUUAGAUCUACGUCCUCAAGGAACGCUUAUGGAUUUCUAUCUUUUCGACGAUAUAAUCCUUCAGGACAAUAUACCUUUCAAUAAAACAAUUCACAAUCAUUUAGUAGAUGGUUCCUUUUCCUGUUCUACGUAUGACAUACACCAAGAAAAAACAAUCUUUGUUUUGUCUCGCAGCCAGUUGAGAUUAUAUGGAUAUGUUUCUAAUGCACAAGACGUAGACGUGCAAUGGGUCUCGUACCUUAAGUUCAAGCCAGACUACGUGGCAUCAAUUUCCGUGUAUGGCUACCCAGCGCCGAAAACUAUGGUGCUGUCUUCCAAUGGUAAAAACAUAACGGAUGGCGUGAACCUGAUCUAUAUUCCUGACAAAAAUAGGCAGGCGUUUGGUACCAUCAAAGUAUAUUUUGCAGACCAAGCACUUCUAGAGAAAUAUGCAAGCUUUAAUAUGACAGUGGACAAUGGACGUCUGGCCAUUUUCACGUUUGACUGUGCAGAUUGUGAUGAACCUUCUCCAGUGCAUAGCGACUUAUCAACCUCCUCUGUUACUCUCCACUGGAUUAUCGUUCUAUCAUUUUUUGUAUACCUUGUGUCUUGUUAGGUUUAAAUUGCUUUUGUAAAAGAUUGAUUUGUAAUAUAAUACAUGUUCAAAACACUGAAACACA